GGCUGGGGGCGGGGGUCCCUUCCGGAGCCCCGGCCCCACACCUGUCCCCGCGGCGCGCUCCCGGGCAGACGGCAGAGACCCAGCGCGACAGCCGGGGCCCGGAAAGUUUCACUUUGUGGUCGGGGCUUGUUGACAUCCGCGAGAUGCGGGAGAUGGAGGCUGAGCAGCGAGGAUGCGCCUCCGAGCAGCGUCCCCUCUGCCCCGGGGUGGCCCUGGUCCAGGUUUCCGUUCCAGAAGUCCUGCCGAAAGCCCUGCUCCGGGGCCGGAGGCUGCUGCAGGGCACACGGGUCUCGCCGCUUCUACGUUAGCGCGCCCUGGCUCCUGGACUGCAGCAAUCUGGGGGCAGCUCAGCCUCCCGCGCUGCCCCCCGUUCCUAAUUUAGCGUUGACGUUUAGACCAGGUGUUCAUGAAAAAAUGCACAAAAUCCUGACUGACCGGAAUAAUUCAUGAAGAAGGGGCUGGAUCCCUGGGUCGGAGAACACAGGACCAGUUUGCCAUCCCAAGGCAGAAGGCCUCCCUCCAACACAGUCCUCCAAGCUCUAAGUCCCGUUAGAAAUCUCUGACACAUCUUGACCGUGAGACCACGGCUGGCUUUUUGCAGGGUUCAAGGCACAAACCCAGCAGCCUCAACCUAGUUCAUGGAGGAGCCUCGAGAGAUACUGGCCAGGCGAGCUCUUCCUUCCAGAGGAAAGAGCAGAGCGUGAGACAAGGGCACUGCAGCAGGGGUGGACAUGAACACUGGUUUUCAAAGAGAACAACGUUUUAGUUUCGGUCAUCGAAAGUGGUGCCUUCAGCACAGAAGAGCGUGAAUUCCCCUCCGCGGCCGUCAGUCUCCAGCACGGGGCUAAAGGGCAGAAGAGGCCAACAGAGCCAUCUGUGGCGUCCAGCGUGGCUUCUCUCGUGCCAGGACCAGGGAUGACCGGGCCAUGCACCCAGACGUCUCCAGCCUUCAGCAUUUCACAGAGCACAAAGGAGACUCGUAGGGGGCCACUUGCCACUGCCAACUGAAACAAUACGAUGGCAACCUUGACGUCCUUCAUGACAUUUCUGCAACAGACAUUCAGGCAGAAAGUGCUGGCGCGUUUUCUGUCUGCCAAGUAGAGGGCCAUGCCUCACCGACGUGAAUGGUUUGGGCCCUGAUGACCUGCUCCGAGUCCACUCGCAGCCAGCAACACUUGCAAAAAAACUCCUGAAGCCGUCCUUGGUUGGGCUUCCUCAGCUCUUGACCAAUGUGGCCAAAACCAGAUGCCUCCUUGGGACACUUGGAUUCUUCGUAAAUGCAGCCUGCCCUGACCCUCCCUGAAUAGCAUCUGAAGUCUCCCUGGAGGUCAUGGAUCCUGAACAAAGUGUCAAGAGCACCAAGAAGGCUGAGGGAAGUCCCCGAAAGCGGCUGACCAAAGGAGAGGCCGUCCAGACCAGUGUUUCAUCCGGCGCCUCGUACCCAGGCAGCAGCACAGCCACCACCCAAGAGGGCCCCCUCCAAGAGCUCCUCGCCCCGCAGCCCUUCCUGGGCCCCUCGUCAGUUCUUAGGGAAGGCUCUCAGGAGAAAACGGGCCAGCUGCAGAAGCCCCCCAAGAGGUCCUCCAUGGAAGCCUCUGUCCACAUUGCGCAGCUCCCACAGCGCCCUCUGACGCCAGUAUUCAUGUCACCUGGCAAACCUGAGCAUCUCCUGGAGGGCUCCACGUGGCAGCUGGUUGACUCCAUGAGACCCGGACCCUCAGGCUCCUUCGUGACCCCUGGGCUUCAUCCUCAGAGCCAGCUCCUCCCUUCCCAUGCUUCCAUCGUUCCCCCCGAGGACCUGCCUGGCAUUCCCAAAGUCUACGUGCCCCAUCCCUCCCAGGUGUCCUUGAAGCCUGGAGAAGAGGCACACAGGAAGGAGAGGAAGCCGCAGAAGCCGGGCAAAUACAUCUGCCAGUACUGCAGCCGGCCCUGUGCCAAGCCCAGCGUGCUCCAGAAGCACAUCCGCUCGCACACGGGUGAGAGGCCUUACCCCUGCGGCCCUUGCGGCUUCUCCUUCAAGACCAAGAGUAACCUCUACAAGCACAGGAAGUCCCAUGCCCACCGCAUCAAAGCCGGCCUGGCCUCGGGAAUGGGCAGCGAGACGUACUCCCCGGGGCUGGAGAUGGAGAGGAUCCCAGGGGAGGAGUUUGAGGAGCACACUGAGGGAGAGAGCACAGAUUCAGAAGAGGAGACAGGCACCACGUCCACUCACCCUGCAGAGCUCUCCCCUAGACCUAAGCAGCCCCUCCUGUCCAGCAGUUUGUACAGCUCUGGGAGCCAGGGUUCCAGCCACGAGCGCUGUUCCUUGUCCCAGUCCAGCUCAGCCCAGUCGCUCGAGGACCCCACUCAAUUCGCGGAGCCCACAUCUGAACACCCCCUGAGCCAUAAACACGAAGACACCCACACGAUAAAGCAGAAGCUGGCUCUUCGCUUAAGCGAGAGGAAAAAGGUCAUCGACGAGCAGGCGUUUCUGAGCCCAGGCAGCAAAGGGAGCACGGAAUCUGGGUAUUUCUCCCGCUCCGAGAGCGCCGAGCAGCAGGCCAGUCCCCCCAACACCAACGCCAGAUCCUAUGCUGAGAUCAUCUUCGGCAAGUGCGGGAGGAUUGGGCAGCGGACCACCAUGCUGACAGCCCCCUCCACCCAGCCCCUCCUGCCCCUGUCAACCGAAGACAAGCCCAGCCUGGUGCCCUUGUCUGUGCCCCGGACGCAGGUGAUUGAGCACAUCACCAAGCUCAUCACCAUCAACGAGGCAGUGGUGGACACCAGUGAGAUAGACAGCGUGAAGCCCAGGAGGAGCUCGCUGACGCGGCGCAGCAGUGUGGAGUCCCCCAAGUCCAGCCUCUACCGGGAGCCCCUGGCGUCCCACGGUGAGAAAACGAAGCCUGAAACAUCACUGCUGAGCCUCCAGCACCCGCCCAGCUCCGCCCCGCCUGUGCCUCUGCUGAGAAGCCACUCAAUGCCUUCGGCAGCCUGCAGCCUCGGCACGCCCCACCACCCCUUCCGAGGCAGCUACUCCUUUGACGACCACAUCGCCGACCCCGAAGCCCUGAGCCGCAGCAGUCAAGUGUUUACCUCCCACCCCCGGAUGCUCAAGCGCCAGCCGGCCAUCGAACUUCCUUUGGGAGGGGAGUAUAGCGCCGAGGAGGUGGGGCCGAGUAGCAAAGACACAGCCGCCAAACCCGCAGAUGAACCGGAACCCAAGGAAAGUGAACUCACCAAAAAGACCAAGAAGGGUUUGAAAACGAAAGGGGUGAUCUAUGAAUGUAACAUAUGUGGUGCUCGGUACAAGAAAAGGGACAACUAUGAAGCCCAUAAAAAGUACUACUGCUCAGAGCUUCAGAUCGCAAAGCCCGUCUCUGCGGGCGCCCACGCGCCUCCAGAAGCUGAGAAGAGCCAGGCUGAGCAUGAGCCCUGGUCCCACGUGAUGCAUUACAAGCUGGGGGCCACGCUGGAGCUCACUCCACUGAGGAAGAGGAGGAAAGAGAAGAGCCUCGGGGACGAGGAGGAGCCACCUGCCUUGGAGUCAACAAAAAGUCAGUUUGGCAGCCCUGGGCCAUCAGAUGCUGCUUGGAACCUUCCCCUGGAGUCCACCAAGUCACCAGCAGAACCAAGUAAGUCAGCGCCCUCCCUGGAGGGACCCAUGGGCUUCCAGCCGAGGACUCCCAAGCCAGGGUCCAGUUCAGAGUCAGGGAAGGAGAGGAGAACAACGUCCAAAGAAAUUUCUGUCAUCCAGCACACCAGCUCCUUCGAGAAGUCCGACCCCCUGGAGCAGCCCAGCGGCUUGGAAGGGGAAGACAAGUCUCCUGUGCCAUUCCCAUCGCCCCCACCCGCCCCUCAUGGACGCCCAGCGCACUCCCUGCAGCCCCGGUUGGUCCGCCAGCCCAACAUUCAGGUCCCCGAGAUCCUGGUGACUGAGGAGCCCGACCGGCUGGAUGCAGAGCCUGAGCCGACCCCUAAGGACCCGGAGAAGACGGAGGAGUUCCAGUGGCCCCAGCGCAGCCAGACGCUCGCCCAGCUCCCGGCAGAGAAGCUGCCACCCAAGAAGAAGAGACUGCGCCUGGCAGAAAUGGCACAGUCAUCGGGGGAGUCCAGCUUCGAGUCAUCCCUGCCGCUGUCUCGCAGCCCAAGCCAGGAGAGCAGUGUCUCUCUGAGCGGGUCCAGCCGCUCCGCCUCCUUCGAGAGGGAUGACCAUGGCAAAGCCGAGGCCCCAGGGCCCUCAUCCGACAUGCGCUCCAAACCCUUGGGCACCCACAUGCUGACUGUCCCCAGCCACCACCCACAUGCCCGAGAGAUGCGUAGGUCAGCCUCGGAACAGAGCCCUAACGUUUCCCAUUCUGCACAUAUGACCGAGACACGCAGCAAAUCAUUCGACUACGGCAGCUUGUCCUUGACAGGCCCUUCUGUGCUGGCCCCAGCGGCCCCAGCAGCCCCGCCAGAGAGAAGAAAAUGCUUUUUGGUGAGACAGGCCUCUUUGAGCAGGCCUCCAGAAACCGAGCCAGAGGCCACCCCCAAGGGAAGACAGGAGAACGAGGACCCAAAGCCUUCAUCCUGCAAACCUCCGACCAAAAGCUCUUUGCCCCAGAUUUCCUCAGUGGCCACCUCGCCCAGCCGGCACCCAGGAGACAAGAGCCAGGUGCAGGACAGACCUCCACUGGGGUCCACUCCACCCUAUACAGAAGCACUGCAGGUGUUCCACCACCCCACUGCCCAGCUUGCCCUGCAUGAGAAACCAUACCUGCCCCCACCAGUCUCCCUUUUCUCCUUCCAGCACCUCCUGCAGCGUGAGCCAGGACAGUCUUCAGAAUUCUUCUCCACCCAGGCCAUGUCCAGCCUCCUUUCUCCACCGUACUCCAUGCCCCCGCUUCCUCCUGCCUUAUUUCAAGCCCCGCCACUUCCUCUCCAACCUGCUGUUUUGCACCCAGGCCAACUCCACCUCCCCCAGCUCCUGCCGCACCCAGCUGACAUUCCCUUCCGCCAGUCCCCUGCAUUUCUCCCCAUGCCGUACCCAGCCACCUCAGCGCUCUCUUCUGGGUUUUUCCUGCCUCUGCAAUCCCAGUUCACCCUUCAGCUCCCUGGCAAUGUGGAAAGCCAUCUGCCCCAGAUCAAAACCAGCCUGGCCCCGCUGGCAACAGGAACCACUGGCCUCUCCCCCAGCACAGAGAACAGCAGUGACAUCCAGCUGCCCCCUGUGGCUCCCCCGGCCAGCUCCUCGGCACCUGUGUCAGCCCCUCCGCUGGCUCUGCCUGCCUGUCCAGACACCAUGGUGUCCCUGGUUGUGCCCGUCCGCAUUCAGACUAAUAUGCCAUCCUACGGGAGCGCCAUGUACACCACGCUCUCCCAGAGCCUGGUCACUCAGUCCCAAGGCAGCUCAGCAACUGUAGCUCUUCCCGAGCUUGAGGACCCUACAUGCAAAGGGACGACUGUGUGUGGGGCAGGCGUGUCUGAGGUCAGGCCCAGCAUAGCUGCGGUAAGUGGAGAGCAGAGCAGAGCUUUCCAGACUCUGCAUCUGAGAGUGCCUGUGGCAUUACCCGGAAGAAAAGGAACUUCCCUGUCAUCAGAGAGUGUCUUGAGCCUGGAGGGGAGUUCAUCAACAGUGGGGGGAAGCAAACGUGUCCUUUCACCAGCUGGCAGCCUUGAACUUACCAUGGAAACCCAGCAGCAAAAAAGGGUGAAGGAAGAGGAGGCUUCCAAGGCAGAUGAAAAACUAGAGCUGGUAAAACCGUGCAGCGUGGUGCUCACCAGCACCGAGGACAGCAAGAGGCCGGAAAAGGCCCACUUGGGCAGCCAGGGCCAGGGCAGGAGGGAACUAGAAACGCUGUCCAGCGUGUCCUCAGAUCCCUCUGACCCCAAGGAAAUUCCUCCCCUUCCUCGCCCCUCGUUACCCCACGUGACAGCCCCAGGCUCAGAGGCUUUGAAGGAGUACGCCCAGCCAUCUGGUAAACCUCACCGAAGAGGGGUGCCUGCACUGAGUGUAAAGAAAGAAAAUUCCAAGGAACAACCCGAUCUCCCUCCACUGGCCCCUCCCAGCUCGCUGCCUCUGUCAGAAGUGUCUCCCAGACCAGCCCAGUCGCAAGAAGGUACGGACUCAAAGAAGGUACUGCAGUUCCCCAGCCUCCACACGACCACUAAUGUCAGUUGGUGCUAUUUAAACUACAUUAAGCCAAAUCACAUCCAGCAUGCAGAUAGGAGGUCCUCUGUUUACGCUGGUUGGUGCAUAAGUUUGUACAACCCCAACCUUCCAGGGGUUUCCACUAAAGCUGCUUUGUCCCUCCUGAGGUCUAAGCAGAAGGUGAGCAAAGAGACAUACACCAUGGCCACAGCUCUGCAUCCUGAGACAGGAAGGCUUGUGCCAUCCAGCUCCCGCAAGCCCCGCAUGACAGAGGUUCACCUCCCUUCGCUGGUUUCCCCGGAAGGCCAGAAAGACAUAGCUAGAGUGGAGAAGGAAGAAGAGAAGCGAGGGAAGCCGGAGGAGGACGCUCCUGCCUCCAAGAGAGGGGAGCCGGCGAGGAUCAAGAUCUUUGAAGGAGGGUACAAAUCAAACGAAGAGUAUGUUUAUGUGCGAGGCCGCGGCCGAGGGAAAUAUGUUUGUGAGGAGUGUGGAAUUCGCUGCAAGAAGCCCAGCAUGCUGAAGAAACACAUCCGCACCCACACUGACGUCCGGCCCUAUGUGUGCAAGCACUGUCACUUUGCUUUUAAAACCAAAGGGAAUCUGACUAAGCACAUGAAGUCGAAGGCCCACAGCAAAAAGUGCCAAGAGACGGGGUUGCUGGAGGAGCUGGGAGCAGAAGAAGGAACCAGUGACGACCUGUUCCAGGACUCGGAAGGACGAGAGGGCUCAGAGGCCGUGGCAGAGCACCAGUUUUCAGACCUGGAGGACUCAGACUCAGACUCGGACCUGGAUGAAGAUGAGGAUGAGGACGAGGAGGAGAGCCAGGACGAGCCAUCAGGACCGUCCUCAGAGGCACCCCCACCCGGCCCACCGGCCACACUGCCGGCAGACUCCUCGCCCGUUCAGGGCCCUCCACCCCCAGAUGCCACCUCUGGCAAGCAGGCCACGUGGGGCAGCUCAGUCUCGGAAGCCGAGCACUUGACAGCCGGAGGUCGCUCCACAUCCAGCCAAAGCAUCCUGUGCCUCCCCCGGCUGGGACUAGCCCCUUCUGGCCCGAUGGAGAAGGACACAGGCUCAGCCCUGAGCUCCACGGCCAUGUCCCCAAGAAGGCUGUGGUCCCCGAGCAAAGGAGCGGGAAGCCACCCGCCACUCGCCCACACUCACUCACUGACCAAAAGCGACUCGUCUCCCCAGCGACAGUCGCUGGCCCGAGAGCCACAGGCCUCAGCCCUGAGCCCGCCCAGCCCCCCAAAGGGCCCUCUCCCUUGCGGGUCUCGAAGACUCGAGCUGUCUCCUCUCACCUCCCACCCCCUCGGACGGGAACUGCCCCCUCAAGCACAUCUGCCCCCUGAACGCGAGCGUGCCGCAGACCCAGGCUCCCGCAGACACUCGCCCACCAGGAGACGGUCUCCAGGCCAGGCCGAGUCACCACCAUGGUCAGCGCUGCCCGGGAAGUGGGCCUUGGCUGGGCCGGGCAGCCCCACGACGGGCAAGCAUGGCCCAGGCUCGGGGCUGGCCCCACGGGCUCUCCAUCCGCCCGUGCCUCUACCUCACAUGCUUCUCGGCAGAAGUCCCGAGACCUGCGCCUCCACGUGGCAGAAGGCCGAGUCCCGAAGUCCCUCCUGCUCACCUGGCCCUGCUCAUCCUCUCUUCUCCCGACCCUUCUCUGCCUCCCAUGACUUCCACAGCCACAUCCCGGCCCGGACAGAGGAGAACAUCUUCAGCCACCUCCCUCUGCACUCCCAGCACUUGACCCGUGCCCCGUGCCCCCUGAUUCCCAUUGGUGGGAUCCAGAUGGUGCAGGCCCGGCCGGGGCCCCACCCUGCCCUGCUGCCAGGGCCCACGGCACCCUGGGUCAGCGGCUUCUUGGGGGGUGGCAGCGACCUGACAGGGGCCCGGGAGGCCCAGGAGCAAGGCCGCUGGAGUCCCACUGAGAGCUCAUCAGCCUCCGUGUCCCCUGUGGCGAAGGUCUGCAAGUUCACACUCUCCUCGGAGCUGGAGGGCAGGGGCUACCCCAAGGAGAGGGAGAGGACGAGCGGGGGCCUGGGCAGACCUCCCGACUGGGAGCCCUGUGUGGCUAAGGUGCCCCCAGAGCCUGUGCCCACGCACAGCCCCCAGACCCCACCCGAGGCCUCACCCCAGCCGCCCCAGGGCCACCAGGCAGAGUCCUCGCGCACGUUGGUCAACCCCGCGGCCUCCACCCCCCCGCCACUGGACCGCAGCAGUUCUGUGGGCUGCCUGGCGGAGGCCUCCACUUGCUUCCCAGCCCGGAGGAGGAACCUCUCUGGGGAACCCAGGACCAGUCAGGGCUCCCCCGAGCCCUCAGGAAGUGGGGGGCCUGGGGCACCUCCACACCAGCCCAAGGACAGGGCCCCCCCGAGCACUUAGCCUCUCUCCAACCGCUUCAGCAUCUGGCUUCCAGUGUUCGGCAACAGACGUUUCCGGCCAACUUCCUCGAAUCAUCUUGCUGUCAUGAGCUCCCUUUUCCGUCUGUCCAUCUGUCUAAGCAGCUCCUGCCCAGCCCCCAUCUGUUAUAUCUUCCCACAUAUGCAGUUACCUGUGCCUUCUUAUGUAUCUUUUGUUGCUUGAAAAGAAACAAACACAACACACCCCUAAAAAAAUACAAACUCACGAGGAGUUUGAGGCUGUGAAUAUUUUGUGCUUUUUUGAGAAAGGGUGUAGGUGAGGCCUUACCCUGGGCCACUGCAGUCGGCAGCCAACCCCCAAGGCUGGCAAGAGGUGGCUAUUUGCUGAGGGAAAGGGGAUGCACUGAGGGAGAAGAAAAACCAAGAAACUUUUAAAAGACAUAUAAUUAAAUGUAAAAGCAAGCACUCCUACGUAUAGAUGUUUAUGGUUCCUAUUUAUUGCCGCUUAUUCCACCCCAGCUAGUGGCCACCCCUCUCUGCCAGCAGAAGGGCCAGCAGCCCAAGGCAGAGGGACACAGACACAGGCAGGGAGACCCCACUCAGCCUCCACGGGCAGGCCCAGAAAACUCCAACUUUCUUUUCCCCAAGAAAAAGAAAAUGUUACUUUUCCUAGGAUUGCAACACAAAAUAAUAGGAGGAGGUGGAAGGUAGGAGCUGGUCGGUUCCCCCGGGGCUCCCAGAUGCCCAGGUGGUCUGAGUCAUGGGCCCAUCCUGGCCUCUGACCCGUGGAAAUCCCCCUUGCCCUCCUGGCCCCCAGCAUCUCUCCUCUGCGUCCCCACCGCUGGCCCCUGGGCUGGGAAAGGAGCCCUGACCAUCCAUCUCCUAGCUCCUGAGCACCCCCACCUAGGUGUUGCUCUCAGGGCCCCGGCCACAGGCUGCCUUCCUUGCUCUAGAAACUACCUACAAGGCUGAAAGGCCUGGCCCUUAGGGGUCAAGAUCCAAGGUGUGUAGCCUUGCCAUUCCUGAGGCCAGGGCUUGGGUUUCGUGCCACAUGUGGUCCCUGGGGUACGAAGGGCCCUAUUUCCUCUUGGGCUGGGCUCCUCCGGUGCUCUGCACUGGACGUUCACAGAGACCCGUUUCUGGACCUUUUCACAGCAGGAUCGGUUCCCUCGUCCCCACCCCACGCUGUCAGGCCUCCACUCCCCCCAGGAAGGACCCAAAACCGUGACUGGUGGAAACUGCCCAGGCCUGUUUGUUGACUUAAAUCCCUUUUAAAAAAUUAAAUUAAAAAAUAUAUAUAUAUAUGUAAAUCUAGAAAGACAGGCUUGUGUUUGAUACUUUUUCCAGCCUCCUCAGAUUCUCUUGACUUAGAAGAUUUUUCAGUUGUCCUAAGUCAUUUGAAUUCUUCCCCAAAGCAAUCAGUACUAGCCGGUGUCUCCUUCCUCGUCCCCAUUUCCUUCUUCAAGAAGCUGCCCUGCAUUUCCUGGGACACAAAGCUGCUUUGUAAGAACAAUAAUGUGACCAGAAAUUAAAAUCCCAGUUGAAAUAUGCACUUGACUCCAGCGUGUUUUCGCUGCCCUGGGAGAGGUGGGUUUCCCCACCCUCCAGAAAUAGUUCCUUCAGUUUCUACAAGGGGGAGAAAGGACGAGGACCACGGUUAUGGCCCACCCAGGCUGGUGCUGACGGGGCAGGGGCCCCGGGCCUGUCCCUGGUCCUUAGCCAGACAGCACAAGUCCUGUGCCUGUAGGGGCUCCUGAGCUGUUGAGGCUGCUUAGACAGGACACGGUAAGUGGGGAGGGUCGAGGCCCUUCCGCGAGUGCCCCACGCUCCACCAUAGUUCCCUCUUCCACCAGUUCAGGGCUGUCCCUGCUUGGCCCCUGCUAGGUGGACAAACCAGACACAGGUCCAGCCUCCAGCCAGACCACCUUGUUCAUUUCCCUUUGGCCUCUCUCAGAGCUAAGACAAAAGGAGGACAAUAGGGAAAGGCCUCCCUGGGGGUCCGCUGGUCUCCCGAGUGCUGGAGGUGGGGUUAUCAAGCGGUUGCCAGCUGUCUGACCCAGAGUCUAGGGGUCUCGCCCACUCUGGGAGAAGGCCGGCAAGCACUGAUUUGGCCUGGCAGGAAGUGGGAAGGAGCCCAGGCCCCCGUCACAGCCCAGGUCGGAGGCCAGGGCUCUCCUCCCCCUCACUUUUCAGCCCUAACCCCUCGGGCUGCCCAAUGACUGGAGACUUUAAGCACUGAGGCCUGGGAGCUGGAUGAAGGGCAUUGCUUCAGCCCAGGUUUGAAAUCUUUCCGGGGGAGAUCUUCCAGCCCCAGACCUAGGAAGCAGCCUGAGGGUCUGCCAGACCAGCUCCUGCCCUGGAAGUGGCCACGCCCUUCCAGCCACGCUGUCCCUCCAGCUCUCCUGUGCAUCCUUCCCCCUGUACUCAGACAGCCCACCCACCAAGGUUUCCUCCCAGAGAGAGCUAGUCAUGGAUGGUGUGGCCAGCAGGGAGAGUCCUCGGGGCCACUCGGGCCCACAGGCACAGGCAGAGGGGACCCAUUUCUCAAUGACAGGGACAUGAUGCGCAAACAGAAUCUGGCCCAAAGACCGCCCCACACACAGGUGCCCAGAGGGAUGGAAUCAAUGCCACCGGCCUGGGUCAUAUGUCACUGGGCACAGCCCUAACCCCCUCUGCCAGACUUUAUACCCACUCCCUCAAGCACAGAGCCCCAGCCCACAUGCACACCUUCAUAAUUUGGAAAGACUCUUACUCCGUGCUCUCCCUGGGGCCCCCUGCCCUGUUCCCAGCUACUUCCGCAUUUCCAGUUCACCUAUGAUGUUAUUGUCCCCGUUAAGGGACAUGGUGGAGAAAGUAGAGCUGACUUGGCAGGGACGCCUGUCACAUGCUCUGUUGAAAUGUGCGGGAUGGCCAUUCCUUAGUCCAGGUCUGCUCUGGUCCUUGGGGGUUGGCAGUGGCGAGGAAGCAACUUGACGAGGUUUCAGAGCCACCCCUUGCCUUCUGUUGGGGAUUCCAAGCCACUUGGCCCCCAGGCCUACCCUCCAGGAUGCCCCGCACUCUCAGCAAGCUCAGAGUCAUUUUGGGUACUAACCCUGUUCCUUUCUGAGGCUCCUUUCCCCAGGCCUGUCCCCCCACCCCGACCUGACACCCGGGGCUUACAGUCUGACCCCACCACUGAGGCGCUUCAGGAGGCUGACAGCAGUGAAGGGCCCACUCCUCCACCUCCACCACUUCCAACUUCCAGACCCAGAAGUCUUUCUGCCUCCUCUGCAGGAACAGGUCUCAAAGAAUUCGCUUCCAGAUCCUUCUAGCCCCGGCUCCAUUCUCACCUGGCCCUUCUGAACAGGAACAAGCAAUAUAGCUGAGCUGAAUUGCUCUCUAGUCCUUUCUCCAGACAAAUCCUUCUUAGAGCAAAGUCCUGCCAGGGCAGCCAUCCUUGGAGACAGAUCUGCAGCAUCGACCAAGGUGAGAAGGUCCCCGAAGGCCUGUUCCACAAAUGCUGCUUCUCUGUCGUGAACCCCGUCCGCUUUCCAUUGGCGACCCACUUCGGCACUUACGAUCACUUUACUAAACCCAGUGUUCAAGCAAGAAGAGAAAAGAAACGGAAAAAAGAAACGUGUAGGCAAAUGUAAGAUACACGCUGUCUGUAAGAUAACUAUUGGCCUUUUUUCUAAAAGGUGUAUGUAUGCCAUACGUGAAAUUGUCUGUAGAGAGUUCUAUGUUUGACAUGGCAAUACAUUCCAAAAGUCGUACUGUAGAUAUGUACAGCCGCCACACUGGAUGGGGUAGUUUUGCCUGUAAUUUUAUUUAAAUUCCAGUUUCUACACUUGCACCUUGCAAUGUCGGUGUGGUAUAUAUCAGUGCAAAAGAAAAAAACUCAACAAAAAAUCCAUGGAGGUCUAAAGCACAGAGUCUGACGUACAAAAGGGAAAAGUGCUCAGUAUUGAUGUGUGUGACUUGCUGUAAAUUACAUCUGUACUGUGAACGAGGAGUUUUUACAAGUAUAAGAAUUGCCUUUAUUACAGCUCUGGCUGAGUGUUCGGCCUGAGGGUAUUUUUUAAAAAAAACAGUGCGUUGGAAUAAAUUUGGA